AUGGCACCAGUCACCGACUUUGCAGUGAAGGAGAAGUACACGUACUUCAAUGGCCUUAGCAAUUACCAUGAGUCAGAAGCGAUCCCAGGCGCCUCGCCUCUAGUAAACAACAGUCCCCAAAAGCCACCAUAUGGCCUUCGCACCGAACGCAUCUCCGGCACCUCAUUUACAGCACCACGAGACCAGACCUUGCAAACAUGGAUGUACCGCGCUGUCUCCUCUCUCGAUCACAGCGACUUUGUGCCAUAUGAAGCCGCGCCACCAGCUCCGACCAACAUUUCGCCCAACGCUUACAUGUGGCUCAACUUCCCCGCCGAAAAGGAUGCAACCUGGUUAGAUCAGAAGCUACUGGGACGUAACGGAGAGCCCAUCGGCAAAGAUGGAUGCGCCAUUUGGAUCUUCAACAUGACAGCCGACAUGCCUGAGAAGACUGUGUUCUCGUCGCUCGAUGGGGAUUGUCUGAUCAUUCUCCAUGCUGGCGCGAUGGACAUCCAGACGGAACUCGGUAAGUUGCUGGUCCGACAGAACGAAAUUGCAGUCAUCCCUAGAGGAACCCGUUACAGAAUCACCCUUCCAACCGGAGCAGCACGAGGUACCAUCUGCGAGCUUUUCCAAGGCCACUACCAACUCCCAUCCUUGGGCGCCAUCGGCUCAACAGGCCUAGCCAACGUCCGCGACUUCCAGAUCCCCAAAGCUCACUUCGACGGAGACGUUCGCGACGGCCGAGCAACUCCCCACAAUACUGGCGAUUGGACCAUCAUCUCCCGCCUUUCUGGCCGCCUCUGGUCCUGCACACCAAACCACACCCCCUUCGACGUCGCGGCCUGGCACGGCACCUCCUACCCCUACAAAUACGACCUCGCCCGCUUCUGCGUGAUGGGUAACAUGCUCUUCGACGAGCACGACCCGUCGCUCUACGUAGUCCUCACAGUACCUACCCACGCCGAGCCCGGUACUGCAGUCGUAGACUUUGCGAUCGUUCCACCGAGGUGGAACGUUGCGGAGGAUACGCUUUGGAUUCCGUACUAUCAUCGGAAUACUAUGAGUAAGUUCUUCGGCACGAUCGUGAAUGCGCAGGAGGAAGGGAGAUUGGGUUCCUUUUGCGUGUGGGUUGAAUGGGGGGGGGUGGUUACGCAUGGGGCGGAAGAGGAGACGUUUCAGAAGGCGAGUAACGGGGAGUUGAGCCCGAAGAAGGUGCAGGAUGAUGGGUUCAGUAUCUUUUUGUUGGAGACAGAGAAGCCGUUGAUGCUGAGUGAUUGGGCGGAGGGGAUGAGGGCGAAGAGGGAGGGGAGAGGGGUGGAAAGCUGUGAUGAGGCUGUGGUGUAUCAUUACUCUCGUCAUCAUGUAUUGAAGCAUGUGGUCAGCGACAUCGAGAGCUCUCUGAUCCAGCGUCGUAACAAGUUGUGCCAGCUUCCUGCGAACAGUUCCUAG